GAGUCGGGCAGGAUGUUUUCCUAGCACAGCCUCAGCUAGCUGGGUAGUUCCCGUUCACUGGAACAAAGGAAAAAGGAGGAAAUACCAUCACGGCCGGCAGGCUGAGAAGUAGCCGCCUCUUGUCUCGUCACAAAACGAACCUUAAUUCCAUGACCAGUCCUCAGAAGGCUCUGUCAAAGGUCAGAAACUCUCACAGACCGCACAGAAGAUAUAAGAUAAGCGCUGCACUUAGGGGUAUUGCUCCGGACUCCGCAAUAUCAUUUUCAAUAAUAAUCCUCUUGUCUUACCUGCAUCCCCCAAUUGUUUCAACUCGUCUUCAUAUCUUGUGCCACCAACACAGCCUCCUGAGAUCUUCUCCAGAUACGGGCUUGAUCAACCCUAUCCCCCACAUCCCGCUCACACGAACAACAAAAAUCUCCGAGCCUACCAUCUUCAUUUACCACUUGAAUACGCCAAACACAUUUCUACAUCGGGCUCCCCUGCAGCAUCACUUGCCACAAACAAUCUCGGGUAUCGCCAGCGCAUCCAGCGCCCUGUCACACCGCUUCUACCCUACCGUUCCUGAGCUCCCGUAUUCCUGUACCAGACCUCUCCUUGAGCCAACCACGGAACCCGAACCCGCGUCCACACUUCAGCAUACGAACUCAACAACAUGCAAUCGUAGUUUGCAAUCUAUGUUCUGAUCGCCACGCAUGCAGCAAGCACACACUCCGACCGCACCGUGCUACCACUCUCUCCGCCCAAUCCAAUCCUCCUUACUAUCUGAUCCGCUGCCUCAUCACGGAUUCACGGCUCCUCCCCCUUCCGAUCCACCUCACCUCCCUCCAUGGGAAAGCAAAAACCCCCAUUGCCCAUUCCACAGUGGCGACUCUUUGCCUCCGGG